CCAAGCAAGUCGGUUAUUUUCUGACCGUACCUCAAUUAAUCAAAGUUAACAAAAUGUCUGGAUACAGGGAUCGAAAGAUUUCCCGCCCUCAUACUGAGUGGGUUUCUUCAGGAGCUGGCUACUUCACUUCAAAAUUUUUAAUAUCUGAGGAAAGCAUAAAACAUCUUUCUCCUGGGGUAAUCGAGUCUUUGAAGUCCAUUACUGUGAAUUCUGGGAAGCCAUUCACCAUCGCUGACUAUGGCUGUGCCGAUGGAGGGACCUCCAUGCCACUGAUGUAUGCAUGCGUGAAGGAACUGAGAGACUUGUAUGGAAAUGAGCUUGAAAUACAAAUCAAUUACGAGGACAGACCAGAAAAUGACUACAACUCAAUCUUUUAUUUUCUGCAAGGUUUGCUGCCACAUUCAUCCAGCUAUGUUCUCGAUUUCCCAAAUGUCUUCGUAUCUGCAUCAGGAACCAGUUUUUACGAGCAAUGUUUUCCCAGUGAGUCUGUAAAUUUGGGAUUUUCCUGCUUGGCAAUUCAGUGGCUGAGGAAAAAGCCCUGUAAUUUGACUAAGGCUGUCCUGUGUUGCUUCUCCGAAGUCCAGAGUGAGAGAGACAUGUUUACCAAACAGGCCGAGAAGGACUGGGAAGAGUUCUUGUUAGUGAGAGCAAAAGAACUUGCCAAAGGUGGUAGACUUGCAGUGAUUUUACCCUGUCAUAGUGGAGGAGAAAUUGAAAGUAGCCCUUCAGUUCAGGUAAUCUACAAGUUAUUGUACAACGUGUGGGAGAGCAUGGAAAAAGACAAGAUUAUUUCAAAGAAAGAAGUGGAAGAAAUGACCAUCCCUGAAUAUUUCCGAACUCAUGAAGAAAUGAUGGAGCCAUUCAUAUCAGACGCAUCGCCCGUCAGAAAAGCUGGUCUUAAUCUUGUCUCUAUAGAAUAUAAAGAGUUUUCUUUACCAGAGAAAGCCAUGUGGCAAGUUGCUGGAAAUGCUAAAGCAUGUGUGAGACUGAUGACCGAACAAACCAGAGCUUGGAGCAAUUCCCGUUUCCAGUCUGCACUCGGUGACCAUCAUUCUGCAAAGGAGAAAAGUGCGAUUCUGGACGAAUUUUUCUAUCGUCUUGAGGAACAAGCUUUGCUUUCUCCCGAGGAGUAUAUGACUGUGAUAAAGAAUGCAUUCAUAAUUAUUGAAAAGUCAUAAGCUUGAUAGAGAAAUUCCUUAAGUUUGCUCCCUCCUAAGAUACAUUCCUUGUUAAAAAAUACAAUGCAUGUUAGCAUGACUAAGCGUUCCAGAAACUUCUUCAGUUCUAUUUUUAGCAAUUCCGUAACGCACCUGGGUAAGUCAGGAAUCUUAGUUUUUUUUUUAUAGAUAAAGCAUAUGCUGGAUACCCUGGAUUCCACACUUUCAGAGCACUGGGCUCCCUUCAAUUUUUCUUAGAGCAGAGCUUGGUAAACACACAGCAUAUAUUUCAAAGUAUUCUAUAGUACAGUUGUAGAAUUUGGACAAUAUCAGGUGAUCAUUUUUUACCCUAUGAAGACUUAUUAACCUACAAAUAUAGCUAUAUAAUUCAAUCAUUGUAAGCUUCUACGUAAGCUAUACCCAGUCUGUUAGCAUGUUAUAAUUUGUGUGAUUACAUUAAAAUUGAAAGACUUAAUCUUAUGAAACUUUCAA